UUGGGUGCAGUUGUGCUGAGAACAAACGAGCGAGUAAACAUAAGAGUCGUUUUUGUUCUUUAGUUAAUUGUAAUAUGCAAUUGAAGAUCUAUUUUGUGCCUGUGUGGCUUAUUAUCCACCUCUAUGAAGUUUCAUCAUUACAGCUUAUUCUCCGUCCAGUUGGUGUGGAAAGGAACAACUUAGUGGUUUUUGAUGCCGAAAACAGUCUAACAUUUUGCUAUCCAAAUUUGGAAGAGGAAGUGAAUGCGCAUCAUGUACACCUCCCUGCCCGAGACAGGGACCAUGGACUUGACCCCCUCCAUGAAGAAACUCAGUUAAGGAAUAAUGCCAGAGUCAUCUGCAAGGAGAUCAGUGGUUUUACUCACCUUGAGAAGGUGUAUCCAGUGCCAGCACCCAAAGAUCUACCAAAGAAGAAUAAGAGAGUGAAAUGGAUGGCUGAGUGCAUGGGUUAUGAGCCUCUUUUGUCUCACUGUUUCACUUUCAACGUCUCUAGUGUUGAUGCAAAGUGUGAAAACCUUCUGGGAAUUAAAUGUGGAUAUUGUUCAAAGAAAAUCUCACUUGGCAUUGGUAAGAGCAUUAUCAUCUCAAACCCAGAAUAUCCACAUUACCUUGAUGACGUCAUCUGUGAAUGGAUAGUCGAAACACCAUCUCCAUCUGAAUUUGAAAUAGAUUUUGAAAAUUUCAAUCUACCUCGCCGCAAUGAGAAAGACCAGUGUCAUCGAGGAUCAUUGAGUAUUGGUGAGAUGCAGAAAGGUGAACCAGGAAAACCCAAAAUGAAGAUCAUUGAAACUUUUUGUGGUAGUGGUCUUCCAGAACCUAUUAACUUUAUUGCCAAAGGAGUCAUUAUCAGGUUUUCUUCUGGCUUGUUCUUCCCAAGACCCAUUGGAGAAUAUGCUGGUUUCAACUUAACAGUUACGUCGUUAGGGGCUGCAGCCAUUCCCAGGCCAGUGGUGAAAGACCCAGAACUUUUGGGUCAUGGAGAAAUCAUGGCAAUUUUAUUUGGGUGUAUACUCAUAGUUGUUGUUGCCCUCUUUGUGUGUUUUCUGGUUAGACGUUACAUAAAAGAUCACCAGGCUGCCAUGCAGCAGCAAGUAAUGCAAGAGAGGCUUGUAUCUCAGAGACGAGGAAGACAAGAAGUUGCCCUUACUGCUAUGUUAGCGGCAAGUCUCCACACAAUAGGAGCUGAUAGUCAGGAAGAUCAUAGACAUCACCCAGCCCCCAGAGGCCAACCAAUGGACCAUCGUCGCAGAACGAGUCAUGAUGUCAGUCAGAAGGAAGUGUCCUUUCGAACUUUAAGUGGAAUGUCUCAGGGUCAGUUGUCUUAUCUGAAGUGUCCUCCAGUACGGCCCUGUGCUACCCCUCCUCCCCCUCCAGCUUCCCCCAAGAAGGAGCAGGUGACUUCUGCGAGGCGGACUUCAGGCUCGAAUUGCCUGGAGAGUUCUGGAGAGCCAUUGUAUAUGGAGCCUGAAGCAUUUGAUGAGUCCAAGUCAUAUUUGCAAUUAGAUGACAUCAGUUGCAAAAAGUCUUCAUCAGGAAAGUCAGAAGGAAUCAAGCAGUGACAUCUUCAGUCCUGGGCUUAAAAAUGAAGUCUUGUGAGCAUUAUUAAUAUACUGAAAAGCCAAAUUGUUUUUAUGUUCUGUGUGGGCUGAACACGAACUAUAUAUUAACUCUAAGUGACUAAAUCUUUUUUGAAGUUAAGUUAUUUUAAAUUUUGGUUUGCAUUUAAUUUUGGACCCAAAAUAGAGUGUUUAGCUUAUGUAAAAUAACUCCUAAAUGUGAUAGAUGUUAACUGAUUGUUAAGUUAUGUUUUGAGCCAAAUUAAGGCUUUGGUAACUUUGUUUUGAGCCAGAUUAAGGCUUUGGUAACUUCAGGUGAUGCCUCACUAUUUUAAAAUGUAAUGUAUCUUUUAUAGUUUGUUAUUAUGCCAAAAUGUUAUGUAAAUUUGUAUAUACGUAGUAUUUAUGAAAGGAUGCAUUAAACUCUUAUAUAGAA